AAUAUACUUGAGUUUCUCUUUCACGUCCUUGCAUAUGUUGAGUCAACACAAAAAGAUAUGGAGACCACCGGGAAGUUCCUCUACUUUACGAUAAUUCUGCUACAAUGUCACGUACACCCGCUCGAGUCUUACAACGUGCCCUGUGCCUUCAAUUCUAUGUGUCUCUGCUGGCUACAAGACGAAGAUGAGUUUACACGGAUGGACAUCAGCUGCCUUGGUGUUUCUUUUUCUCGAUUUCCCGGUAGUGAAGUAUCGAGCAGUUUACGAUCACUGGAUCUGAGCUAUAACUCCCUGGAAGAAAUGCCGUUCAAAGCACUUCGAGGAUUGAAAAAGUUGAAUUGGCUCAACAUGCACAGUAAUCACUUGACAACUCUGGACGUUGAUUGGGGCCACGUAUCAGAAACAUUGACCAACGGAUAUUUCGGCGAUAACAGCAUAACCGAGCUUCCGCGAGUAUUAUCCCACUUUAAAAAUUUAAUAUCGCUCAAUUUGGACGAUAAUAAUAUAAAACAAGUGCCAGAAGAGUCGCUGCCUCGAAACAUCCGUACACUAAGUUUGAACAAUAAUUUGAUAACUCAUUUCCCUCUGAGUGUUAGCAAUUUAGAGUCACUGAGCUGGUUGUAUCUGCGCAGUAACUUCAUUAGAAUACUAGAGUUACCCUCAUCCUUAAAAAGUAACUCCCUCGAAUCGAUAGACCUGAGUGACAAUUUAAUAGAGUCUAUUCGAGUUAUCACGACAUCUGUCAUUAGUAACACCGUAAACAAAAAUUCAACAUCAAAAGUUAUAGUUAAAGAUUUUAAUUUGUCGAACAAUAAGUUGUCAGUAAUAGCAUCUGGCGUUUUCCGGUUUCUCGAAACUCGUCGGCUCCAUCUGUCAUCAAACAAUAUAAGUUACAUCCAUGAGGAAGCGUUUACCGGUCUCGAAAAUACUUUGGAGUACCUAAAUUUGGAUAAUAACGAUCUACAUAAUAUCCCAAGUGCAUUGUCGUCUCUCACGAGGAUCGCUUAUCUCUACCUAUCUAAUAAUAAUAUUUACAAUAUCACCAGUGACACUUUUGAAUCAUACAGUGGGUACUUACGAGUCUUGUCUUUAGCGACGAAUAAUUUAGCAGCAGUGCCUGUUGGAGCACUCGCUCCUUGCAAAAGGUUACAGCAUCUAAAUUUGGGUUACAACAAGAUUACCCACGUAUUUCCUGGGGACUUUGAGUGGGCAACCAACCUCGAGGUUCUCCUUUUACGGAACAAUGCUCUGUCAAAACUAAAAGCCGACACUUUCAAGGGCGCUUACAAGCUUAAAGAACUCAGCUUGUCAUUCAAUCAAUUGACCGAGUUAGAUGACAAAGCGUUCGCUGGAACAGAAGAGACCCUGGAAAUGCUCGAGCUGAGUUUCGCCUUUUCCACAGACAUUUAUCCAAAAUCGGCGUUGUCUCCGCUAACCAAUUUGCAGUGGCUGGUCCUCGACAACAACAAUUUCCAUUUACUAGAACCGGAUGUCCUCUAUCCGUUCAACCAACUCCGUUACAUUAAUUUGGAGUCGAAUCGAUUGCAUUAUCUCCCGGACAACCUAUUUUUGCCGCAAGUUCACGGGGAAUUGCGUGACAUCAAAAUGGGGUAUAAUUACCUAGAAGAGCUACCAGCUAACCCCUUCAAAAAUUUAACGGAACUGAGGACGAUUGAUCUGACAGGAAAUCGAUUGAGUUAUUUGUCAAGUGGGACUGUUGAAGACUGUGGGAAAUUGGUGACUGUUUCGCUGGCUUACAACCGAAUAACUGCUAUGGAGAAGGCCGCGUUUCGACGAUUGUCAGCUCUCAGGUUUCUAAAUUUGGAAUUUAACGGUUUAACUACUCUUGAUCUCGACGCUAUUGUUGAGUGCGGUGGAUCAGUAUUCUCGCUAAAUGUCUCUUUCAAUUCAAUCUCGGUUAUUAAUUCCGAGUUCAGACUAAUCAAUCUCACGGAAAUUGAUCUGGGGUUCAACAACAUUACUACGCUACCCAGUGACACGUUUGAUGGGUUGCCGAAUUUGAGGACUCUCGAUUUGAGGGGCAAUUAUCUUACUACUCUUCAUCCUGGCACAUUUGCAUUGGAACAUCUGGAGACACUAAACCUCCAAGACAAUCGACUGUCGACAUUAAGAAAGCAGACGUUCCACGGGACAUCAUUUUUACAGGAAUUGGAUCUGAGCCGAAAUUCACUGUCGCAAUUAUCUACGGAGCAAUUUCGUAAUCUACGUAAUCUACGUAUCCUGAAUUUAUCAGGAAAUCACAUAAGAUCGUUAUCCCGCGACGUGUUCGAGGGUACACGUAUCGAGACACUGGAUUUAAGCUCUAAUAGAAUCAGUAUCGUGCCUUCCGCAGCAUUCCUCGAAGUGGGUUACACACUGCGCGACUUAAAUUUAGCUGAAAAUUUAAUAGAACACUUGGAUUCAUCUGCAUUCCCAGUUUCUCAGCUUAUUAACUUAAAUCUCGCGGAUAAUCGUCUGACAAUAUUGCCCGACAAUUCCUUUGUCGCGCUCAACAGACUCCUGAGUCUUAAUCUCUCAAAAAAUUACAUCCAAGCUAACUUCAAAGAGCUGUAUCAUUAUCUACCAGAUUUGAAGCGGCUAUACAUGGCUAAUUGCGGUCUGAAAACAGUUCCUGUCUUACCACUGAGCAAUCUCAAUAUUCUUGACUUGUCAUUCAAUGCCAUUCAAGUUCUUGACCAAGCUAAUGUACAGUAUCUGACCUCCCUCAAAGAAUUGAGCCUCGUUAACAACUCCCUGAAUGCCGUCCCAGACGUCAGACUAAGGAUUCUACGACACCUAGAUCUAUCGGACAACCCCAUUGAGGCUCUGGAGAAGGAGACUUUCUACGGGUAUCCGCGUUUGGAGAGCCUGGUAUUACGUAAAUUGCGUCGUAUUAAAUUUAUCGACAAUGAUUGUUUGCGUUACUUAAAGUACUUGAAAGAACUGAGCAUCCAGACGUGGCCUUUGGUUGAUAAUUUUAAUUUACAACGAGUUUUAAGUGGAUUACCUCUACGUACAGUGGAGAUAGAAGUAACAGAGAAAGUCCUCUCGACGCAGAUACAUAAUACUUUUACAAAACGACUGAGGGAGCUUACGAUAACGGGUCAAGAGCUUGAGGCGAUUUCCUCCGAAGCAUUUUUGACCAUACAAGGGGGGAAGCUUAUUCUCAGAAUCAAGGACACCCACGUAAGACGCUUCCAAUCGGAUAUAUUUUUAUCACUGGCACGUACCAUGUCCCAGCUUACACUUGAUUUACGCAACAACCAUAUCAACGAGCUCAGCCCUUCAGUCAUCUACGGCAAUCUCUCAUGGGAAACUGUUGGCACGAAUCUCGUUGCCGGUGGUCUUCAGGUGUCGGGGAAUCCCCUGGAGUGUGAUUGCGAGAUCGCAUGGCUAAGUCUCUGGUUACGUCGAUGGCUCCGUGAGGCCCGGCAAAUUCACACAGCCUCCCAGUCAGAUGCACGACAACUUCGUAGCCUCGCUGGACGAGCAGUCUGUACGGAAACCACCCCGUCUUACUCGUCAGAUCGAGUGCUUCUUACCCUUGGGACGCCUCACACUGCUUGCCAAGCGUCCGCCUUGAGCCCCGGACACCUCUCACGACCGCCAUUACCCAAGCGACUCUUGUUUUUCCUCCUUUUUCUCAUCAGAUUCAGCAUCAACUCUACCUAG